CCGUUGUUGCUGUUCUGGUUGGAGUUGCUGUGUUCAGCUCAAACUGUGGAGGUUUUUAUACACGAAACAGGAAAUGCACACACCCGACCCACCUCACAGAUAAGUCAACAAAGAAAUGUUGCGAGCCAUCCCACUGCCCACCUCCACCCAUCUUCAUAUCUUUGGGUGGAGCAACAGUGCUCCUUUAUAAGUUGUACACCCAAGCAAGACAUGUACAACAAUCAACAAGGCAAGAUGGUUGCAUGGACAGACUUCGAGCGCGUCACGAUUAAGGACAUCUUCUCCAAGAUUGACUAUGAAGUCGUUGGCCCAGCAGCUAUUUCCAGGUGUCUGAUUGUGUACCCCUGGACUCAGAGGUAUUUCGCUGGCUUUGGAAACCUCUACAAUGCUGCUGCCAUCACAUCAAAUCCAAAAGUUGCUGCUCACGGAAAAGUCGUCAUGCAAGGUCUGGAAAAAGCUGUGAAGAACAUGGACAACAUCAAGGCCACAUUUACAGAGCUGAGCACGCUGCACUCUGAGAAACUGCAGGUGGACCCUGACAAUUUCAUGGUAGGCAAUGCUGAACUGAUGGUACUGCAUCCCAUUAAUUGUGUUGAUGUUGAGUCUCAUGCAUUUUUUGUUGUGUUGCAGCUUCUGGGCGACUGCCUGGCCAUUGUGGUUGCUUCUCAGUUGGGUGAAGACUUCACUCCCGAGGUCCAUGCAGCUUUCCAGAAGUUCCUGGCAGUGGUGGUGUCCUCCCUGAGGAGGCAGUACUAUUAGAGAGCUGCAGAGAACCAUCACAUGUUCUGUUUUUAAACUGUGUAAAUGAGCUUUCAAUAAAUCACCACUAAACAAAUUCCGCAAGUUUUUCUUUUCUUUUAUCCCCAGUCUUUGUUUAUGGUCAUGUCAAUGUGAAAUUAGUAUCAUGAAAGCCUUGUUUGUUAUGUGAUUAGAGAAGUAAUGUUUAUCCUUUAAAAAUGGCAAUACCAUAUACUGAGAACACAUCCGAUAUCAUGAUUAAACUAAAACUGACGCAUCUUUUAAGAAAGUUUAAAUGAUCAUAAACUGACUGUUCGAGCACAUGAAUUAGCCCAUCAAGAGAGAGAACACAGCCUCUAAACUCCACCAGUAUCCCAGUUGUAGCAGUAAUGCCCCAAUAAAUUAAUAAUAACUAUCCCC